AUGGACAGAAGAGCUGGGGCGAUCCUAGCAUGCCUGCUUAUCAUCGUCCUGGUACGGGACGCGGCGGCGGUCGCCGAGACCGAGCCUGGCAGCGUGCGGCUUGUACAGGAGGCGCCCCAUAGGAAGGUGGUGGAGGAUGGGGCCAAGGUGGGGAGGGUGCCGGUGUCGACCGUCGCGUGGUCCACGCUCGUCAUGGCUGUGGCGACGGGGCUGGGAGCCGUGCCCUUCUUUUUCAUGGAGCUCGAAGCGCAGUGGGCGGGCCUUUGCAAUGGGAUGGCGGCUGGGGUGAUGCUGGCGGCCAGCUUUGACCUCGUGCAGGAAGGGCAGAUGUAUGGCAGUGGGAGCUGGGUUGUGUUCGGAAUUCUGGGCGGAGGUAUUUUUAUCUGGCUUUGUAAGAAGUUUCUUGAGCAAUAUGGAGAAGUAAGUAUGCUGGACAUAAAAGGUGCAGAUGCAAGUAAAGUUAUUCUUGUUGUUGGAAUAAUGACUCUUCAUUCUUUUGGAGAAGGCUCUGGUGUGGGUGUUUCCUUUGCUGGCUCAAAAGGGUUCUCUCAGGGUCUUCUAGUUACUAUAGCUAUAGCAGUGCACAACAUACCAGAAGGCUUAGCAGUAAGCAUGGUUCUCGCAUCUAGGGGGGUGUCCCCCCAAAAGGCAAUGAUAUGGAGUAUCAUUACAUCUUUACCACAGCCAAUUGUUGCUGUUCCAGCAUUCCUUUGUGCCGAUGCAUUCCAGAAGGUGCUUCCCUUCUGUACUGGUUUCGCAGCAGGAUGCAUGAUAUGGAUUGUUAUAGCUGAGGUUCUUCCUGAUGCUUUUAAGGAAGCAACUCCAUCUCAAGUUGCUUCUGCUGGAACACUUGCUGUUGCUUUCAUGGAAACAUUGAGUACAGUGCUUCUGGGAUUUACAGAUGGCAACAACUCGGAAGAUGCAUCAGGCUUCUUAGUAUCACUUGUGUUUGGACUUGGUCCACUUAUCGGUGGAAUUAUACUAGUCACAUUCUCUCUUGGCUUCAGCAUGCCACACCCUCUUCUUACUGGUGUUGCUUCUGGCAUUGCUUUCCGUCUUGCGGCAUGGAGACCUGUGCAGCUUCUAAUGUCCUCAAAAAUGGGUCUCUUUACCACCCUCUUUCUCCUCAUUGGAGGUUCCUUGGUCUAUCAUGCUGCCACAUCAAACAUCCUUAGGGUGUUUAAUCGCAAAAGAUCUUCCGCAAAUGUGAUCACGUCAUCCUCCGGCCUCUCUCUUAGUGUCCUCACAAUGCAAUCGCUCCUUGCUUGUGGUGCUGUAUUCCUUCACGCAUAUGCGGAAGGGCUUGCACUUGGUGUCGCAGCUCGCAAGUCUUAUGGCCUUGGCCGUUACAUGGUUCUCCCAGCCUCCCUCCAUGGUCUUCCACGGGGUGCUGCUGCUGCAAGCUGUGUGUAUGGUGCUACGGAUAGCUGGCGUGGAGCCCUUGCAGCUGCUGCUUUGAUAGGGUUUGCUGCACCAAGCGCUGCCAUCAGUGCAAUCCUUGCAAAGAUUGACUAUAAUGGACUUGACUACUGGAUGGUCAUAGCGUGUGGGGCUCUAAUCCCCAGCUUUGGCCAUGUCUUCAGGCGCUCACUGCGGUUGGACAUGCGGAAGAGCAUUGUUGGCCUGCUGAUAGAUGAAGGCUGCGCGUACAGCAGCUCCGGUAAUCUUGAAGGCGCCACCCCCAUGCCGUCCCUCUGCUCCAUGACAGGGGACGAGCUUGACGACGGCGUGACCUAG